AGGAGAAGAUGGCAGUCCUCUGUUAUUGACAGUACCGGCAAGGGCUCCCAUAGGAUAGUUUGUAGGGGGGCCUAGACCUAUCUGGCUGUUUUCUGGUUGGGAUAGAACUGACCAAAACUAGGAAGCAUUUCAGUGUCUCUGUCUCCUAAGUUUUCAGAUGAGACAUAAAGUUCCAAAGGUAUUCCCAUUGGAAAGAUGGAAUGGAAAUUCGUAGGAGCCUGUUUCUUUGUAAUAUGGAUGGGUAAGACGAACAGUCUUGAGAGUAGAAGCAAUUUAUGUAGACCUCGACGCUCUUAUACUUUAGACUGUGCUCAUCAGAUGGGCAUAAGUCAAGGUGGAUGCAGUGCUGUAAUUGAAAGAAACAAUACAGCAUGCUGGGAUAUGAGUUUUCCUUCAUGGAACAGUCCACCCUUCAAUGGAAGACAUUUCAAGCUAAAAACAUACUGCUACAAUAAUGGUGCUUAUCAACGAACAGGCCUUAAUGCUACCAUAAACUCUGGAAGUUGGACAGAAGCUGCCUUUAGAUUCAAAAUUGAGGGGAAGAAUUAUGUUUCCUGCGUACAAUUUAUCCAUAAUGCUAGUAUAAAUGACAACUUUAUGUUGUUUUAUGACUGCAUAUGGCAUGAAAAUGAUCUUUAUGGAGAACAAAUGAAAGUAGACUACUUCCUGAAAGACCAGAACAGAGAUACUAUGGAAUUUGGAAGUUUCCACUUUAUUCUUCCACAGUGUCACUUUAAUGAGAUAGGAAAUCGAGUAUUUAAAAUGGAUGUAAUGCUAUGCAUCACUGCUAAAUGGGUAUUAACAGGAAAUAGAAUGGAAGUGCUUACCAGCAACAUGAAAAACUCAUAUUUAUACCCAUGA